AUGGCCGACGAUUUUGGGGGUCAUGACCCAUUAACUUCCUCAACUCUUCCUCACGACAAUCCCAAUCCAACCGUUAUUCAUCCAAAUCCUGAGAAGAUUACUCCUAGUAGACAGAGCACGAUGAGGUCUAAGGGUGGAUUUGAAGUACAUGCUAGUGGAGCGACCACUCCAAGUAGUUUCAAGAGGCAAAGCAGACAUGAUUUAAAUUUGGACGAUUAUUUUGUCGGACCAAGAAACCUCGAUGCUCAUUCCAAACUUCCAUAUUUUAUGCGCCUUCAUGGAUCCGUUAUUCCUCGAAUGAUCGUACCUCUUUUCUGGAUCGCAUGUUGGUCUACUUUAAUUACAUGUAUUUCGCAAUUUUCGGGUACAGAAUUGGCUGUUAAUACCUUACUUUUGACGGUCCUUGGUUUUGUUAUUUCUUUGGCAUUAAGUUUCAAGAGUACCACUGCUUAUGAACGUUAUUCCGAUGGACGUAAAGCAUGGGCAUCUCUCUCGGUCCAAUCCCGCAACCUAGCUCGAUUCAUCUGGGUCAACAUCCAAGAACGUGAAGGUGACAUGGGAAAAGAAGAUCUUCUCGCAAAAGUAACGGGUAUCAAUCUCGUUCUUACCUUUGCCGUUGCUCUCAAACAUAAACUUCGUUUCGAACCAUAUGCCCAUUAUGCCGAUAUCUCCGCUUUAACCCAUCAUCUCAAUACUUAUGCUCAAUCGGCCACUACUCCCGAAGUCCUCAUCGAGAAAAAGAGAACACCAUGGAAGCGCACUGGUGAAUACCUCGGUCUCAGUUUCGCUGCUAGUAACCCCCGAAAAGCCAUCAAGAGAUCCAGCAAGCCCGUUGGAAAUCUUCCCAAUGAAGUUCUCACUUACCUAAACUCCUACGUCGAAGGAACCAUCCGCAACGGCACUCUCGAUUCUCCCGUCGUCUUUGGUCAAAUUCUCGGCUGUAUCAACGCUCUCACCGAUUGUUCCGCCGCUGCUGAACGUGUUCUCCAAACUCCUCUCCCCAUCGGUUACAACAUUCUCAUUUCGCAAAUCGUCUACCUUUACGUCUAUCUUCUCCCCUUCCAACUUUAUGCUUCUCUCAAAUGGAUUACCAUCCCAGGUACCAUUGCCGCCGCAUACAUCAUCGUCGGUCUGAUGGCCAUUGGAAACGAACUCGAAAACCCCUUUGGAAACGACGUCAAUGAUCUUCCCCUCGAUCACUAUUGCGCCGAGCUCGCCCGUGAUUUCGAUAUCCUCACAUCCGUCAAAGCACCUUCCUGGGAUGAAAUCGUCUACGGAAGAAAAGAACGCGUGACGGCAGAUACCGAGGAAGAAUUGAUGCGCGAAAAUAAAGUUCUCUGGCCACUCAGCAACUCUGGUGUUAGAAUGUGGAGAAACAGAGAUGAGAAGGAAAUCCGUGAUGCGUUGGCUGCGAAGGUCGUUGUGGCGGAUAGGAAGAGUCGAGAUGCGUAUACGAGUGCGGGAGAGGGAAGAGCGAGUACGGCGAGAGCCAGGAGUGGGAAGAGUGAUUUGAGUGCCGAUAGUGCGGAUAGUGCUGCUUAG